AUUGCAUCUCAAGUUCAACUUGUGAUAGAUCCAUCAACUUUGACGAGAAAUUCUCAUGUAUUCAUUUCUUACACCUUUCUUAACAACUUAUCAAAGCGUAUACAUGACUUCUCGGCGAUGAUCCCAUCUCCAAAGAUAAUUGCGGAUUCGAUCCUGCCAUCCAUGUGCGCCUUCCAAUAAAUUCGGCUGGCGAGCUGCGGCUGGGCUUGGAUGACAGACAAGACUACUCAAGCAGCGGCGCUGUAGUUAUGAGAAAUCGCAUGAAACACUCAACACACAAACGCCGCUCAUGGAAGCUGUUUCACAAUCUGGCUGAUCAAGCUGUACCCUGUAUAGGGUCCAGGGCAGACCAAAAUGCCUUCCAUGCUCGAUCAGGCGAAGAAGGGCAAGACCAUCAAUUCUGCGUGCGACAGCGAAACCUUCGACGCGGAUGUCACCAUCCACGUGGACGGGCUUGUGGGCUCGGCUACGAUAUCUCCAUCUGGCCGUGAUGUGGCUCUUGCAUCACCCGAUGGACUGGCAAUCAUUGACCUGGAUUCGCCUUACAGCACCCCUCGCAGACUGAGCAGCCAUGGUUUGCCAUGGCUGGUAGUGGAUGUUCAGUGGUCGCCGUUUGCGGCUCGCGAUUACUGGGUGGCCUCGACCGCAAACCACCGAUGUCUCAUCUGGAAUCUUAAUAAAAGGGAGGAUUCUGCCAAUGGCGCCAUUGAGCACUCUCUACAUGGCCAUAGCAGGGCCAUCACAGACGUCAAUUUCUCGGCUCAUCAUCCAGACAUCCUCGCUACCUGUGCCGUCGAUGGCUUUGUACAUAGUUGGGACCUGAGGAAGCCUCGACAGCCUGUUUUGACCUUCUGUGACUGGUUCGCUGGUGCUACCCAGGUUAAGUACAAUCGCCAGGAUCCAUUCAUUAUUGCGUCAUCCCAUGAUCGCUGGCUACAUAUCUGGGACGAAAGGAAGGUGUCAAAACCUCUGAAGUCCAUCAACGCCCAUACUUCCAAGAUCUAUGGUCUUGAUUGGAAUCGCACCGAGCCAACUAGCGUCGUUACAUGUUCGUUGGACAAGACAAUCAAACUCUGGGACUACGCGGUUUCUGAUGAGCCGCAACGAAUAAUCCGAACAGACUUUCCAGUAUGGCGCGCGCGGCACACUCCAUUCGGUUGGGGACUCCUUGCCAUGCCUCAGAAUGAUCCUGGCCAUCUUUACUUGUACGAUACACGAAGAGACGCUAAUCAGCCUCAAGACGGAAACGUAGCCCCUGUCGCCAUGUUUCCGGGUCACGGCAACCACAAGGUCAAGGAAUUUCUGUGGCGAAGUCGGGGUGGCGUUUCCGAAGACGGAAUUGACAAGAGAGAUUUUCAGCUCGUGUCGUGGGGUGAAGACAAUGAGUUACGGCUCCAUCGAGUAGAUUCAUCUGCGCUCGAAAAUGUGGGCUACGUCAAGGGCAGUCCUGCCAGAAAGAAGCUUAAUCUCACGAGAAAGGGCGCGGCUUACAAGACCUAUCGCUCCGUCGACGACCACUGGGCCCGGGAGAGAAAAUCGGCCACUAUGAGUGACCCCCGCCCUGGCAGCGGUGGCAUUGCACAUCGACGCAGCGCUCUCACAUCGGGAAUGCAGUCCAUGUCUUCGCACUAUCGACCAGGCGCUAUAUCGACCUGGAGAGGCCCAUCUAUGAAGGCAAAGUCUACUGCCGGCAAGCAUGGUGACGGAAUUACGGAUCAACUCGGCUGGAUGAAGGGAAUCACUUUGAGCAAGAGGAAGACUACAACUGCGGAGCCUCAGCAGAGAAGGGAGUCCAAAGACUCGGUGAUGUUUAGCUCAAGCUAUCAUGAUGAUCACUGGGGCGAGCCUGAGACUCUGCAAGACGAGAUCAUUCGCGUCAAUCAACAGCUACCUAACGUGCACUGGGAAAAUGUUGACAUGAAUGCUCUCACCCUUGAUGCGUCUUUGAUGGGCCCUUGGGGUACUAAUGGCGACACAAUCUACAUCAAGGUCAAAGUCGACAUUCCGACCAGCUAUCCAAGGUCCAGAGCUCCGAGCUUCUUCAUUGAGAAGACAGCUUUGAUGCCUGAUCCAACUUACAAGCAGCUCGAUCAAGAUGUGAACUUACUUGCAACCCAAUUUGCCAAGAAGAAGCAGAAUUGCUUGGAAGUGGCUUUCAGCUAUCUGCUCGGAGAGACCGACCUAACGACGAGCCAAUCCUUCUUUAAGAAUGUCCGCGAUCUAGAUGAUGACAUCGAAGCGCUUGCCGACGACAGUUCUAGUGAAGAUGAGGAUAACGACAUUCCGACUGGCGGCUCAGCGAGUAUGUCUCAAGAGCUGACUGCCAGUGUUGAGUUCGAUGCCACUCUUGCGCCUGCUAAUCGGCAGCCGAUACCACCAAUCCCUCGACUGUGCGGAGCUCGUUGGUCCAACGACGGGAGACUGGUGUGCUUCUUUCCUUCUCCCGAGGAGAAGGCUCGGGCUCUGCUUUUCGCGCCAACAGACACAUUCAAGGAGCGGCCAAAGGGCGAACCCACAUUUGCGGGUUUUGGUAGGCUUCAACAGGAUUCGCCUCCUCCCAGACAGAGAAACUUGGAUGAUAUGUCUAUGGCUGAUGACCACUCCGAUUCAGACGACGCUGAUGACUCUUCCUCGAGUUCAAGCGACUCCGAGAACAUAUAUAUGCACAAGGUCAACAUGUGGUAUCUCCCCGGGCGGAGAUUCAGGAAAGCUUUUAGUGGAAGCUAUUCCUUGCGCUCUAGUGGCGGGGGCACAGGCGUUGAUACUGGCACCGGCACUGGUACCGGAACUGGCACGAGCAGGCGGAAGUUGGUAUCCAAACCCAAGAAUAUCGUGUCUAUCCACGAUCUGUCUGACAUCUUACCUUCCAAACGGGAACUUGCUCAAGAGUAUGCCAUAUUCGGCGACGGCGCCUACGUUUGUGAGCAUAAUGCUCAGGUGGCAGAAAAGCAUGGUCGGAUUGACUUGACACAUGUCUGGAAAUACGCUGCGCUUCUCCUUAGGAAGAAUAUUCCGCUCGAGUUGCUGGAGAAAGACCAGAGGAAAAACUCCAUUCUGAUCAUUGCUAAGGACGUGGUUUCUCGUUUCCGGAGUGGUGAAACCAGUGGCGGCGAUUCGAACAACCCGGCCCUCUUAGGAAGGGUCAAAUGGGGUCUACACCCCCUCGCAAAAGACUACAUCAGCGAGCUUUUUGACUAUUUUGAGAAGAUGGCUGAUGUACAAAUGCUCGCAAUGCUGUCAUGCAUCUUCAGCGAAGCUUUCACCGAAGACAGUGUGGCCUACGCAGAGUCGAACCUCACACUGCCAGAGACGCCACUCCCUAUGAAGGCGCCGGCGUUUUCGUUGGACUACUUGCCGCCUGAUGCACCAAUAUGGCAAAGCACCAACUACACUGCGAAGAGCCAGGCCGCUUCCGGAGUCUCGACUCCGAAGACUGCGAAUACGCCACUCCAAGUUUCAGGUUCAUAUGGAUCGGAGGGGGCGGUUUGGCCUGGUGAUCCGGCGUCGAAUUCUUAUUCGUGUGGAGAGACGCCCCCGACGAGAACACCUUACGACAAUCUGUCAGAGGCCGACACUACUCAGAGUCUUUCCACAUCUCCAGAACCUCGACCUUUCCGUCGUGCUAAUACCACACUGACAGCGGGUUUCGCCGCUAACUUUCCUAGACCCUUUGUUAGCACAGCUUCUUCAUCACCGCCGAGCCGAAAGCGCCCAAGCCCUGGAGAAAACUUCCUCGCCAACCUCAACCCGUCUAACAUCACGUGGGGAGGUUCGACGGUUCUAGGACCUACCUCUGAGCCUGCAACCACCGCUCGCAACUCGUAUUCCGAUGAUGAAUUGCUGAAGAAUGAGUCGUUGAGUCUCACGUGCUACGAUAUUUCCGUUGAGGUGGAGGAUCAGGGCAUAUUUGAUGAUGAUGGAUGGCUUACAACACCGUUGCUUGAUUCAAGUCGCAAUCUGGCGUACUCAAACUACCGUUAUGCGUACGCCGAUAUGCUGCAAAUGUGGAAGCAACCCCUUGCUCGCCUAGAGAUCUUAAAGUUCAACAUGCUGAAGGCGGAGCUUACAGCGCAGCAGCCUGAGCCAUACUUCUGCAGUCUUAGCGACGAUGGGUUUGACGCGUCUUACCCCAGCAACGACAACCACAGUCAUACGACUCUUACACAUCACGGGGCCAACUCACCUAUGCCAUUGGGUAAGAAAGAGGAGCUGCAAAGUCUCAUGGCCUCGGAGCGCGGCCUGGAUGUUACAGGUAUCUGCCAUGUCCAUGAAACGCACCUCGAUCCUAUCCGAUCGUCACAUGCAAUUACCAAGCUUGGUGGAGCAGUAGGGAACUGUGACCGCUGCAAGCGAAUGCAAAUGCAGCUUCUAUGUGUAUACUGCUGCGAGCCUAUCGACGCGCAAUACGUGACAUGUCUUGGCUGUGGCUGUACUUUCCACGACGCUUGCCUGGCUGAGUGGCACGGAAUGGGCGAAACGGAGUGUCCCGGUGGCGAUGAGUGCAAUUGUGUCGAGCAGGCCUACAAUGGCACGGUGGAAACAUGGGCGGCCAUGAUGGGAGCCCUGCGCCAGGGCAGGAUACGCGGGCCACCGAUCGAUCAAGAGGACAAGGACGGUUCACAUGUUAACAGCGGAUCAGUCGAUAAGAACGACUGGGAGACCAUCACGACCGAAUCGCCAAUCCCGGCCGCCGACGGGCAGGGCAGACCGCUGGAUUUCGAUAGUCAGCCGCCGCUGAGCGCUGCUAAGCUCAGUCUCGGCAACCGGCUACGCAAGUCGGCUGGCCAUUGGAGCAGUUCGGCCAGUUUGAGGAAGAAGUCGACUACCACUAACUCCGGAUUGGGGAGACGAUAGGGAAGUUUCUAAAGACGGGGACAUGUGGCACGCAUGAAAAGGCAUCUCAGUGGACUUACUAAUUGUACUGGGGGAUCCAGAUGAGGAGGCGUUGGUGUAAAUUGACCAUGUUCGUAUUAACUGUAUCAUAUUGUUAAGGAUUAGCAUGGCCAUAUAAAUGCGUGCUCUCAUGGUCUUUGCAGUUAGGAAGGCUGUGGCAAUGAGCUGGUAUGUUCUUGCAUCCUCU